UAGCUGACAUAAAAUCUAGAUCUACAUCUUGAUAUAUUAGACCUAGAUCCAGAUCUAUAGACCUACUUUACAUUUUCAACGAAAUAUACAGUCUCGGCAGUAGGAUAAUAUAGGACCACAGUCAGAAAUGAGAUGAGAUGAAAACGAAACAUCCCAAUUUAUUUUUAUUUUCAAUAUAAUAGACUCAAUGAAUUGUGAUCAUCAAUUUCAUCAAUAGUCCACCUCUUUGCAACGUCACACAUAUUCAGACAGGAGACUAAGCAGUAUCACGUGAAUUGGAUAGGAGUGAAUGCAGAUAUUCAUCGUGAACCUUUUAUAUGGAGGAAGAUUGGAUAAUGAUUAGCUUCAGAUAUCCAUCCAGGCACGAAAGUCGUCCAUUAAUAAAGGUCUUCGAUGUUUACGAGCUUCCAUUCAAAGACAAUGUGGCAGUUUUUAGGUGACUACGAAACUCAAGUGUCUGAAGGUGGGGAGGCUGAUCUAGACGGACACUAUACAAGGUGUGCUAAGAAUCCAGGUCACAAACACUUCAUACCUGUUGAUACAUUUAGCCUGGAAGAUCUUCCCGUCAGUUAUCGAGACCCUUGUUUGAGUGACCUCAUCAAAGCCACGGCUGGCCUGACAGUCCGAGUGAGUGUUCCUAUGACUAGUUCAGACAGACCAGCGUUUUGGCCCAGCAGUCACGUGCCAUACCCUUUCUACAGCAGGCGAGGAAGUUGCGUUCUGAGAACAGGAACUGGUCGAGUGAUGGAAGUGAAUAAGAUCAAAGCUUCUACACAGUGUACGUGUCAGAAAUGUGUCACCAAGUUACAAACACCAAAAAAAGCGCAGUGGGAAUUACUGAUAAUGUCUGCCGCCCACGUAGUGUAUGACGACACUGAAUCAAAGCACACAUCUAUUAGACUUUUCUAUGAUAGGAAAGAAAGUCCAGACGUCAUUCUCCACACUGACAGUAUAGUAAAUUUAAAUAUUGAGGAAGACCGCUGUAUGUUUAAGUGUGUUACCUGCGAUAAAAAGCUAGGUGACAAGUUGAAAAGGAACUUGAAACAUUGGGAAAGUCUCUGGUUUAGCAUUGAUCAAAAGUAUAGAGAGUCCAAAGAUGUUCACAAACUAUCAUUUAUUGUGUCACAUCCUCACGGAUGUCGUAAAAUGGUAAGCAUUGGACAGUGGGUAGACAAGCAGCAUGUAGAUUUAAGCGAAGACCUGCUAAAGUUUACCUACAGAACAUGUACAUGUCCAGGAAGCAGUGGAGCACAGGUUUACUUUGUGGGAUACAUUGGAGGUUUCAGAGAGCAUGUUCACUCAGGCUCAUUUAGCAGUGAAGGUCUCAACUUUAGUGGCAUUGGGAUAGUCUUUUAAAUUACAACGAUCGCGGACAUGGCUUAGAAGUAACAUCACUAGGCAUGGUGAGAUGAGAUGUUAAUUAUCCUUCUUGGAGAUCUUCAUUGAAUUCUAAGUUGCACAAGAUUUCUGUGCCAUCGUGAAGGCUUACCAUGGACAUGUCUGUUUGGUUUUUUGCAAAGUUCGUGCCGACGUCUUGUAAAUGCAUUAUCUAAAUCAUUCAUGAAAUGUAUUGUGAAAUACCCCGAUGUGAUGACAUUCUUGUAAAAGCACUAUCUAAAAUCUAAAUCAUUCAUGAAAUGUAUUGUGAAAUACCCCGAUGUGAUGACAUUCUUGUAAAAGCACUUAUCUAAAAUCUAAAUCAUUCAUGAAAUGUAUUGUGAACUACCCCGAUGUGAUGACAUUCUUGUAAAAGCACUUAUCUAAAAUCUAAAUCAUUCAUGAAAUGUAUUGUGAACUACCCCGAUGUUUUCAAUAAAAGAAGUAUUUUACAAAUGUA